AGAAAAAUCCAUUCGUGUUGAGUGGCAUGUAAAUGUGUGUUUGGCGAUUCAGUAGUGUGUAUUUUAUAAGCAUUGCUACUAUUCUGGGAACAGGUAUUCUUGGCCUCCCCGUAACACUUUAUAACUGUGGAUUCUUGCCUUUUUUUGUCGUUUUCACUGUCGUGUUAUUUGCCCAAAUAUGCGUAGUUUUUGCGUUUGUAGAACUUUUACAACGAACUGAUGCCUCACUUUCGAAACUGACAACUGAGCUACAUCCUAUUAACACAAGCAACGUUGAAGCGGUCGAUUUCCAACUUAUUACUGACAGUUCAAUCAACCGAACUGCAACGGAGCAGACAGAAGAUUCUUCAACAGGGAAGAAGUUCCCGCAUACUUCUAUAUCCAGUGUCAGAGGGACAACUCUUUCAGAAGGGAAGCCUGCGGCCUCUCUCUUCACCAUGAGUGCUUUGUACCUGAAGAAUCCACUCAUUCGCUUUCUUUUUGAGCUGACUGUUUUGGUACACUUUGUGAGCAUCAUGACGAGUUAUGCUUUGGCGGCUCCUCAAAGUUUCCGACAAUUUUUUGGCCUAGAUGUUUCAAACUCUUUUACCACUACUCUUCUUUUUGUUUUAUUAUGUUCUUUCCUAGUAUGCUUUGUAUUACCUGGUGCUUUGAACGUAGUAUCGAUUGCCACGGCUUUGAAAGGAAGCAUACUUAUCGUUUUAAUUGCACUAGUUACUACUGUAAGUCUUAGAGUAGGUCAAUCGUUCCAAAACCGCUUUAAUUACCUGUUCGACUCCUUUUUGAUUGGAACAGUCUCCCUGGGUAGUGUGGUUAAUAUCAUGCCAGUUACUUGGUCUCAAUUGGGUUCUCAAAAAGAUAAUCGUACUGUUAAGUUGUACCGCAUUUCUGUUGUUUUGGCAGUCGUUACUUGUUACAUUUUGUGUACUGUUUGGUGUCUCGCAAUAUUGUUAGUUGUUCCACAAUCGUCAUCUGUGGACUCUCUUCAGACUGCUUACAAAUUGGGUCAAAUUUCGACUAUUCCUUUGGUUUCCCAACUCCAUCAAGUGAACUCCAUUCCUAACGUUGUCUCUUUUUUGGUAAACGGUUUCAUUUGUCUCUCUACUACGGUCAGCUUUUUAGUUAUGGGAAGUGGUUUAAAGAGUGCAUUGGAUGGAUUAGCAUUUCGUUGGACAAGACUCGAGACAAAUGAAGCAGUAUUUUCUCCUCGAUGGAAACGGUUAGGAGAAAACAAAAUCCGCGGAGUACUCUAUUUUUGCUCUUUUGGUUUGAUUGCGUUGUUAGCAGCGUCGAAUCCUCAUUCUUUUAUGCGUGUUUUGGAAGGAUUUACUUCUCUUUGUUUAAAUACGGAGUCAGGUCUUUUUGUAGGUUGGAUGCUCCUUUCCAGCUCGUCAGUUAUAAACUCUAUGGAAUUGAUGCUUCCCAUGAGAAAGAACACUAUUGUGAUUUUGGGAUAUUUCAUUGAAGUUUUUUUCGCGUUAGCAAUAGCUACUAGUGUCAUAUAUCUUAGUUUCUAGAAGAAAUAUCUCGGAGCCACAAACAAGAAAAAGAUAUUGUAAUCAUUAGAUACUGCAAUUUCCUAUGAAAAGCAUUAACAAGUUGUUUACUAUUUUGCCCAUCAUUUUUGUGUCC